UUAGCAGUUACUUCAAAUAACAGUUUAAGUGUCACACUGAAAUGGCGCCAUAAGCUGCCACGUACGUAACCGCCUUAUUCAUAUAUAACCGCAUAAGGUGCCACAUCGUCCUCCUCCUCCUCCUCCUCCUCCUUCUUCUUCUUCCUUCGAGAAUGAACCCUCACAGUCUAUUGGCUUCUGCUGGAAUAAACAUAGGGUUAGCAAUCAUAAUCAUUUCAGUCUUCUCCGUUCUCAAGAAACAGCCUUCAAAUUCUUCAAUUUACUACGCUCGCACUCUCUCUCGCCGCCAAAACCUCCCUCUCCACUCCCGCCGCUUCCUCCCUUCUGUUUCCUGGGUUUCACGCGCCUUCCGCCUCACCGAGGACCAGAUCCUCUCCGAUCACGGCCUCGACGCUCUCGUCAUCCUCAGGCUCUUCAAGUUCGGUAUUAAAUUCUUUUCAGUAUGUUCUCUUGUUGGGUUGGUGGUACUUCUCCCUAUCAAUUAUGGUGAAAAGGAACCCUCGGAUAACAGUUACUAUACAACAGAUUUGUUUACAAUAUCUAAUGUCAGCAGAGGUUCUGAAAGGCUUUGGGUGCAUUUUUCAUGCUUGUGUUUUAUAUCUUUCUAUGGGAUGUACCUGCUGUAUAAGGAAUUUGAUGACAUUUUGAUUCAAAGGAUUCAGCAACUUCAAAAUAUAAAACAUAGACCUGACCAAUUUACUAUCAUAGUUCGUGAAAUUCCAUUUUGCACAGAACACCAGGCUCGUGACUGUUCUGUCGAUCAUUUCUUCUCCAAACACUAUCCAAGUACUUACUAUUCUUAUCAAAUGGUGUAUGGCACUCAAGAUCUUCAGGAGUUGGUGAAUCAGGCAAAAUCUCUUGCAAGGCAAAUAGAGGAUUCGAAAGAGACUUCCAUGGCCAAGAAACCUAAGAAUAAGUUGCCCCUCUUGGAUGCAUUACAACAAGAGACUUCAAAAGUAGAUUUGCUUGAGGAAAAGCUUCAAGCUCUUUGUCACACGAUUCCCAAGAUGCAAUGCAAAGACAUGAUCAAGAAAAAGGAGUUGCCAGCUGCUUUUGUUACAUUCAAGUCCCGUUCGGGUGCUGCUACUGCAGCUGAGUUGCAACAGCAUUCACAUCCACUUCUCUGGAUUACUGAAAAGGCCCCAGAGCCAAGGGAUGUUUCAUGGAGAAAUCUGAGAAUAUCGUACAGAGCAGUGCCACUUUAUAGACUUGGCGUUCUUAUCGCAGCAUCACUGCUUACGGUUUUCUUUGCCAUACCAGUUACUGCUGUUCAAGGAAUAGCCAAAUAUGAGAAGCUGAAGAAAUGGUUUCCUCCAGCCAUGGUUAUGCAGUUGAUACCAGGAGUAAGCUCCAUAUUGACAGGAUAUCUUCCAAGUGUCGUACUCAAAGUAUUCAUAUAUAUUGUGCCAUUUGCGAUGUUUGCUAUGGCUAAAGUAUCUGGAUGUAUUUUAAAAAGCAAGGAGGAGAUCAAAGCCUGCAACAUGGUUUUCUACUUUCUUGUUGGAAAUGUGUUCUUCCUCAGUGUGUUAUCAGGAUCACUUCUUGAUGAAAUUGGACUAUUUCUCAGUCACCCUAAAGAUCUUCCUAGUCAUCUUGCCAGAGCUGUCGCUGCCCAAGCUGAUUUCUUUGUGACAUACAUCUUAACAGAUGGUUUGUCAGGGUUUUCCUUGGAACUUCUCCAGCCUGGCUUACUGAUUUGGGAUACUUUAAGAUCUUGUACACGUGGCUAUCAACGAGAACAAAAUCCUUAUCUCUAUUCAUUGCCCUACUUCAGAAUCAUCCCUUUGGUCUCUCUCUCGGUACUAAUUGGGAUAGUGUAUGCAGUGGUGGCACCAUUGUUGCUCCCAUUUCUUAUCGUUUACUUUUGUCUAGGCUAUGUUGUUUAUAUCAACCAGAUUCAAGAUGUAUAUGAAACAACAUAUGAAACAUGCGGACAAUAUUGGCCAUACAUUCAUCACUAUAUUCUCCUGGCAAUCGUUCUCAUGCAGAUUACCAUGAUUGGUAUAUUUGGACUGAAGUCAAAGCCAGCCGCUUCUAUAGCAUCGAUUCCACUUCUUUUGUUCACUCUGAUGUUUAAUGAGUAUUGCAAGAUGCGCUUUCUCCCUUCCUUUCACCAUUAUUCUCUCAAGGAUGCUGUUGAAAACGAUGAACUUGAUGAGAAGAGUGGCCAGUUGAUGUUCCACUAUGAGAACGCAUUUAAUGCAUACUGUCCACCAGGCCUACGACCAGUGAAAUUUACGGCAUCAGAAUCUAGCUCCACACCAUUAGUUUCUCCAUGAUCUUAGAUUGCUUCGUUGAUCUGGUAAAAAACUAUAAGCUUUUUCUGUAGGCAAGAUACAUCCUCACGAGUCAUAAGGUUUAUGACACCAACAGAGAUAUCUGAUUGGAUAUAUGCACUGUAUGUUUUGGUUGGUAGGAAAUUUCAUUGAUGAGCUUUUUGUAAUUUUACAUGUCAAAUCCAUCUAUGGAAAUUUCCAUCCCAUUUUUAUCCCCAACUAAACAUUCCCUUAUAGUAAGGAUGUAUCAAAGGAAUGUAUAAACUAGCAAGAAGCAUCCCCUGUUACUCAUUCACUGCGAGAAUAUAAUCAAUACC